UUGACACCGGAAGUAAAUCUUCCGGUUUACAACUUGCAAAGCGACAAACCGGAAAGGGUGGUUCGUCGCCGUAUUUUAAGUGUUGGAACAGUGAGACAGCGCAGUUAAAGUGUGUUUCUUUGGUGAUGGCUGCGGACUGGGUUGGCUUCUGCUACGCCGCUCUGGUGUCAGCAGGAGGAAUCAUGGGAUAUGUGAAAGCAGGUAGCAUCACCUCUCUGGCUGCAGGACUCCUUUUUGGACUGCUGGCUGCAGUUGGUGCUUAUCUGGUAUCUCAAAAUCCUAAGAAUGUGUGGCUCUCUCUAGGAACCUCAGGGACCCUGGCGGUGGUGAUGGGGCUCCGUUUUCUCAGCAGCUGGAAGUUCAUGCCAGCUGGAUUGAUGACUUUAUUAAGUGCACUUAUGCUGGUGAGGAUCAUUACUGUGAUGUUUAAGAGGCCACAUAAGCCCUGAAAAGAUAUGAACGUAUUUUUUUUCCUGGACACUGUCAAAGAAGGGUAAAAUUUUCUACAACAUUAAUCUGUACCUUGUCGCUAUGACAGUGUCUCUAUGACAGAUGGGUUUGUAUAUAAAUGUUACAUAAAAUAUGUGAUUUAAGAGGAAACUGUCUCUGGUCAACAGAAUCAAUCCCAGCACUAGCUUUGUUUUCAGAUGCUUAAAACAUUCCUAUCUGUUCUUCAGAAAGAACAUAAUUUUUUGUACAAAUAAGGUGUUGUUUUUAACCUGUCAGAUGUAUAACUCUUGGCUCACUAAGGGUAUAUAAGAGUAGAAUUAUGCUGUCAGUCAUGCCUUUUUUGUACUUUUGUAAAUUUACAUAUCUGCCAUAUAUUUGUUGCUAAUAAAAAUCAAGUCAUUUGA